UAAUUCUCCGUCAGUUGCAGGCUAUCCAGCAUGGCCAUAUCACUGCGGAUAGAGAGCCUGCGCGAGACUCUCUCGUUGCUCUCGCCGCUUGCCUCGUGGAAGGUCCUCGUCCUGCUGCUGGCGAUUACCAAUCUCAAGAACCUCCCCCUGGCCUGGCAUGUACGCCUUCUCUAUCGGUUCAUCGUGAAUCUCCGUCUUCGUCCCAAUGCGCCUCUGUUCCCCGCGGGUCGAGUAAUCGCCGAUGCCAAAGGCCGGCCGACGCAUCCGGUCUUCGUACCGAGUAUCAUCUCGUCGCGCACGCCGCUGAUGGAAACAGACUACAACCUGCACAAGUCGAAUAGUACGUAUUUUACGGAUCUGGAUGAGUCGCGUACCGCGCUGGUGACUCGGCUAUACAGCCCGGGCGUUGGACUCACGAGCAAAGCGCUCGACGAGGAAUUCCUGGAAACAGAGAAGAACCAACCGGGCGAGAAGAGCGAGAAGAGAGAGAGGCUCCCCAAGAAGGCCUUUCUGAGCGUCUUGCUCGGGUCCGUGUACUGCAGCUUCAAGCGGGAAAUCAAGCCCCUGGAGCGGUAUGAGAUCGAGUCGCGAGUCAUCGCCUGGGACCAGAAAUGGCUGUACAUCGCCAGCUUCUUCGUGCGGCCUGCGCGCCGUCCCGGUGGACAGAAGUCUCUCCUCGCGUCUGCUAUCAGCAAGUACGUCGCCAAGAAGGGCCGGCUGACAGUCUCGCCGGAGCGGAUCCUCCGCACGAGCGGGUUUCUCCCUCCGCGCCCUGCAACAGAGGAAUCCGGCGGGGAAGAUAGUAGUGAUACCCCCGGAGUCAGCACUCCUGCCACGGGGGAAGGGAUCACCGCCACUGCCGACAGUGUGGAUGGAUCUCUGGCGCGCCAGGUCCUACAGCUGGCCGACGGUGAGAUCCCCGCCCAGGCAGUGCUCGAGGCGGACCAGAAGGCGAACGCGGCAUCCUGGGACCCGGCCGAGUGGACGUGGGAGCGCAUCGAGCAGGAGAGACGGCGGGGAUUGGAAGUUGUGCAGAGCUAUGCGGGCCUGGACGACCAGUUACAUAGAGAGUGGGAGUAGACUUUGAGUGCAUCAGUGUACGGAGUAUAGACUAACGGAGUACUUGGUAUCAUUAUACUUAAAUUUAGAUCGCAAAAUGCUGCUUACGGCUAGGUCUUGUAAAGAGUGAAGUUUUAACCACAAUGCAUAACUCUCUCUAUCCUUACAAUAAAACGCCUUUUUUUACAAAUGAACACAGUUCUGGAACGAGAAACCUGCCCCAUCCAGCCGCCUCCUGUACCGCUCAUGAUCAUGAGUUACCAAGCAAAGGAAAAAAUUGUCUUCCGCUCCAUCAAGUGUUUUUUCUUUUUCUUUUUUACUCCU